AUGUCUUCUUGGGUCCAUGCAAGCGUAGAUAGUGUGCGUGGUAAACAUCAGAAGGGAGAUGCACUAUGGGUGCGUGUGAAAAAAUUGUAUCACGAAGCUCAAGCAGAAAAUCCAGCUGAAAUUAACAAAAGAAAUGUGGAUUCUAUGAAGAGUCGAUGGAAACGACUUAACGAAAAUGCAAACAAAUGGGUGGCUGCUUGCAGAGAAGCAAACGCGCGAAGGAGGAGUGGAAUGAGCGACCAAGAUGUUGAGAAUGAAGCUCAUAGCAUCUACCAAGCAGGAGGCGGCAACAAAUUUCAAGAUUUGAUAGUGUUUAAUGAAGUUAUGAGCAAACAUCAAAAGUGGACUAUUCAUGAUACAACACAGGUAUUUCCUGACAAUGAAAAUGUUGGUUAUGAACAAGAUGGUAGCAAUUCAAAGAGGACAAAGACUUCUGAAUCUGGCGAGUAUACUAUCCCUUCAAAUCCGGAAACUCCUACAUCUAGCCAUUCAACUAGUUCUCGGCCUAUGGGCAGAGACAAGGCAAAAAGAAAAGGAAAAGUAAGGUAA